UCAUCCACAUAUAGAAGUUCCAUAUAGAAAGAGAAGGUUUCACCAUCUCAACGAAAAUAAUUAAACGAAAAAUCCCGGCCUUUCUAUUCGGUGGCGCGGCAAGCGAACUCUGCGCCAAGCGGGAUUUCUUCCUCCAAGUUGGAUUCCAUAACUGUUUUCGCUGUAAUUCUUCGCUGAGAUUGUCUGUUUAAGUUGAGAGCUCCGUCCGCACAAUGGUAUUGCUGCUCAUAGCAAUAUGCACCUUACAAUAAAACUUUACUGAACAGCGAUAUACGAGUUGGUGACGAAUGUAUGGCUGUUGGGGAGAUGUUUAAUUAGCUUCAAUUUAAUCGGAGAGAAGGAAAACUCAUUUUUAUGCCCAAAUUAUAGAAUUGUUGUGCCUGAUUUAUGUUUAGUGAAGCAGAUAUUUGGAUUCAUUCCUUCAAUGUCUAUACCGAGAUGCAGCUCCUCUAGUUUAUACAUACAUUUAAGCCAUUUCCACCAUAAACACAUGGACUUGACCCUAAGGAAGUAUUUUCUUUCCCCAUCGAAUGGAUUUCGAGAAUCUAAGUCUCCUAAUUUUGCUCUAUCCUUCACCAAACAAAUUGGAGGUCUCCAUCCGCUUAACUUGGCUGCUUUUGUAUGCUCACUUAGACGUGACUUGCAUUUAGGAUUAACAUCAAGCCAUCAAAGUAUGAGCUUGAGGCUUCCCAUGCCCAGUUUUCAGAAAAUUCCUAAAAUCAGUUGGAAUGCAAGGCAUUCCUCAUUAGCAGCAGGUGUCUCCUUUGGACUAUGCUUAAGUUUUUCAUCUUCUGGAGUGGUAAAUGCACAAGCUUCUGAAAAUGGUUGGGAUAAAUCCUCAUCUAAGAGAACUUCUCCUGGAAAGAAAGUGUACACUGAUUACUCCAUAACUGGCAUACCAGGAGACGGUAGAUGCCUGUUUCGCUCUGUGGUCCAUGGGGCGUGCAUCCGGGCAGGAAAAUCCAUACCUAAUGAGACCCUGCAGCGAGAAUUAGCUGAUGAAUUGAGGACCUUGAUUGCUGAUGAAUUUAUCAAGAGACGAGAAGAGACAGAAUGGUUUAUUGAGGGGAGCUUUGAUGAUUAUGUCACUCAAAUUAGACAGCCACAUGUCUGGGGAGGCGAGCCAGAGCUUCUCAUGGCGUCUCAUGUUCUCCAGAUGCCAAUCACAGUCUAUAUUGAUGAUGCUGAAGCAGGUGGCCUGAUAGCCAUUGCUGAGUAUGGCCAAGAAUAUGGGAAGGAGGAUCCAAUUCGAGUUCUUUAUCAUGGCUUUGGCCAUUACGAUGCACUCCAAAUUCCACGAAGAAAGGUAACAAAUUCAAAACUUUAGUUUAAAUACUCUCCGGAGAUUCAAAACCCUAAAUUUUUCACUCCAAACCUGUGAUCAAACACAUCGGCUGCACAGACUGUAAUGAGUUUAAUAUAGAGUUCCAAGGUCAGAAUAAGUAUCACAAUGUUCAAUUUGAUCUCUUCUUAUGGAUUUUUUUUUUUUUUUCCUCUCAAAAAUGAAGAUUGAAUUAUUCCAUGAAUUUUUUUAUGCAAUGCCUAAAUUUUCUAUUGAUUUUAUGAUAUAUCUCAGUUCUUUUG